AUGGCCAGUAGCCUUAUGAGGCAUCUCGUAGCCUGCAUCGAGCUCUGCAGCAAUCCUAUGGUUGUCGAUAUCCACCAUCUCAUUCAAUAUGAUAUCUCCGAAUCUCACCUCGCACUGCAGGUCCUCUGCAAGCAACGGUACUCGUUGGCUCGCAGUCCAAAAUGCCACCAUGAUGUCCUCUACUACGCGCUAGCCGACUACAACAAUGAGAGGAAACCUUCCAUGGCAGCUCAGUUUGCUGCCGAAGCCACUCUUCAAAAGGAUCAUAUCAUCUCUGAUGGAGAACAAUAUAAAAGUUUCAUGGAUUUGAGAAGAGAAAAAGAAAUGGCCCUGAGAUUCCCUCCUCUUCUGCCACUCAUCGUGCUAUAUUUUUGCUCUUCUGUGAUGGUGGCUCGCAAGGAUGAAGACCCAAUAGACAAUCUUGUGGGAUUUCUCUGUCUCUCUCAUUCCCACUACCUGCAAAAGAGAGAUGGGAGCCUGGAGCGAAAAGGCAAUACCAUGCAUCCCAAUAUUUCUUCUAAGGAUUGGUUGGAGAUUGAUUUUGGGAUUACAGAGGGAGUUGAAUUUAUUGCCAUAUCAUUUGUCAAGUUCGUCGAAGUGAUUGAGCAUCUUAAAAGCAAUAUUGCAGCAUGGGAUCGCAAUGGUUGCAUUGUUGUUAUUGCAAAGAUAGAGAGUAUGGACUCACUAAAGAACUUGGAAGAGAUCCUUCACGCAUCUGAGAGAGUUGUGGUAGCAAGAGGAGACAUGGGUGCUCAAAUAACACUUGAACGGGUCCCAUCAACCCAACAAAAAAUUCUUCAGCUGUGCAAGUAUUUAAAUAGGCUUGUCAUUGUUGCCUCCCAACUAUUUGAAUCUAUGAUUGAAUACCCCAAACCCACCAUAGCAUAA